CAGCAGGAUCUCCAUCUGGGCUAUGCAGCUUUCUCAAACAAACAAGCGCAACAUGGCGGAGAACCUCCAGGAUGUCAAAGGGCGGCAGGAGACCUGGUGCCGGGUGGAGUCGGACGCUCGCUGCGCCUGGGAAAGAGUACAGAGGAAACAUUACCGUGAGCACCUGCGCUCCAGCCUGCAGUUCCUGGCUGCCAUGACGGGAGGGCCACAACGGGGGUGGCCCGGCAGGGGGAGGCCGCCGCCGGCCAGCCACCCGGAGAGACGCCAUUUUGAAGAAAGCUAUGACUCGCAGCCGCUGUGGAGCACCGACGACUCUCCACAUUGGAGCGGCGCAUGAUGAUUGACCUCUGGCACACAAACCUCGCUCAGCGUCCCAGCCUUCAUUUUCUCCCCUUUCACACACCGCCGCCACGCUGAUCCUUUACAACAAUAUUACUCUAACCCACAUUCCUCGUGUAGCUCCACACUGUACAGAGAGUACUGCGUCCCAAAGACUGCCAUCAUGAACGAUUCUUAUUCGAUUAGCAGCAAAACAGACUUUUAACAAUUAUAAUCUGAUGACGCGACCCCAAGUUACGUGACUGUGAUGGGGUGUGUUUGCUGUGUUUGUGUGUGCUUUUUUCUUAUGUGAAUCCAGAGUUGGGUACCAUGGCCUUACAAAAUGAAAGAAUAAAUAAAUACUAAAAGAAUUUCUCUCACAGAAACAAUUACUGAAAAUAAAUGUGGAUUUCCCCCC